AUGACUGGGCCAGUGAGCCCCACGCUGGAAGAGGUGCGCGAGGCGCUGCUCGGCACGGAGGAUGUGCCUGCGCGCGGCUCCAUCAUCCCUGUGUAUACCAAGGUCGCAGCAGAUCUAUUGACGCCGGUCAUGGCGUACCUGCGCCUGUCGUCCGGCGCGCAGCUCGGCCAAGAGAGCUUUUUGCUGGAGAGUGUGAAUACCGGCGAGCGGAUCGGGCGGUAUAGUUUCCUGGGCACGCGCCCAUUCCAUGUGCUGCGGACGGGCCCUGGGCUCGAGCAUAGCGGUGACCCCCUGCGUCACCUCGAGGAGCUCAUGGCGCCGUAUCAGUACGUGAAUCUGCCCGAGCUCCGUAUGUUCACCGGCGGCGCGAUCGGCUACAUUUCCUUUGACUGUAUCCAGCACUUUGAGCCGAAGACGAAGCGCGAGCUGCGCGACCCGUUCGGCAUCCCCGAGAGCGUGAUGAUGCUCUGCGACACGGCCGUGAUCUUUGACCAUGUGUUCCAGACGGUGUACUGCGUCGCGCAUGUGCACAACGACGGCUCGAAAGACGUCGAUGCGCUGUACGCGGAUGCGUGCAAGACCGUGCAAGGGCUCUGCACGGUGAUCCUCCAGGAGCACACACCGCUCCCUGCCCAAGGGCCGAUCACGCCGAGUACGGCCGCGCCGCAGAGCAACGUCGGCAAGGCGGGCUACGAAGGCUUUGUCACGUCGCUGCGGCAAAACAUCCUGAAAGGCGACAUCUUCCAGGCGGUGCCGUCGCAGCGCUUGGCGCGCCCGACGGACCUGCAUCCGUUCAACUGCUACCGCCACCUGCGCCGCAUCAACCCCAGCCCGUACAUGUUCUACAUUGACUGCGGCUCGGCACAGCUCGUCGGCGCGAGCCCCGAGACGCUGUGCUGUGUGCAGAAAGGCAAGGUCGCCGUGCACGCGAUCGCCGGCACGGUGCGCCGCGGCAAGACGCCAGAGGAGGACGCGGCGCUCGCCCAGACGCUCCUCGACUCGGACAAGGACCGCGCGGAGCACAUUAUGCUCGUGGAUCUUGCGCGCAACGAUAUCUCGCGCGUCUGCGACCCGCUCACGACGACCGUCGAGUCGCUGAUGAACGUGGAAAAGUUUAGCCAUGUGAUCCACCUGACGAGCCGCGUCACGGGCCAGCUGCGUGCGAACCGGACCAAGUACGACGCACUGCGCUCCAUCUUUCCUGCCGGCACGCUGUCCGGUGCGCCGAAAGUGCGCGCGAUCGAGCUGAUCCAGGAGCUGGAGCAGGAGCGCCGCGGCGUGUACGGUGGCGCGGUGGGCCGCAUCGACUUUGCGCAAGAUGAGCUGGACGUCUGCAUUGCGAUCCGCACGAUGGUGUUCAAGGACGGCGUGGCGUACCUCCAGGCCGGUGGCGGCAUUGUCUACGACAGUGUGGAAGAGGACGAGUACAUCGAGACGAUGAACAAGCUGGGAAGUAAUCUGCGGUGCCUUGACCAGGCCGAAGGUAUGUUUUCAGUGACUAACUAG